UUUGGUAAAUCAAUGACAAUGGAAAAAUCCGGACAAAGGAGAAGACUGGCGCACUGGCAAAUUGCUUUGUGUGCUUAUUUGCUGAUGUGCUUUGCGGACAGAGUUUCAACUCACAUAAGGUAUUCUGUGGCAGAGGAGGUGAAUGAUGGAUCCAUUGUCGGAAAUCUUGCUAAAGAUUUGGGUCUUGAUGUGAAUACUUUAGUGGCCCGGCGUUUCCGUAUUGUUUCUGGAUCUAAUGACGCUCUUUUCCGGCUUAAUCAGAAAAAUGGUGUCUUGUACGUUCAUGCAACGAUCGACAGAGAACAAAUAUGUGAGGGCAAUAAUCCCUGCGUAAUAGAUCUCAAAGUUGUAGUGGAAAACCCAUUGGAGGUUCAUUACGUGGGAGUAGACAUUACUGAUGUAAAUGACCACGUUCCUUCUUUUCCAGAUAAGCAACAAAGGUUAGAGAUUGCGGAGAGCACUUUACCGGGUGCGCGUUUUCAGCUCCAAAGUGCGCGUGAUCCAGAUAUCGGGAUAAACUCAGUUCAGGCGUAUAAAAUUAGCCAAAAUGAACAUUUCGAUUUGGAGAUAAGGGACAGGGGCGACGAAAAGGUUCCAUUCCUGGUUUUACAAAGAGCGCUGGAUAGAGAGCGUAAAUCUGAGCACGAACUGACAGUAACGGCAGUGGAUGGUGGAAAUCCACCAAAGGCAGGAUCUUUAAAUGUCACAGUUACUGUUCUUGAUAUCAAUGACAAUCGUCCAGUCUUCAGUCAAGAGGUUUACACGGUACAUUUACAGGAAAACUCUCCAAUAGGAACCAUAGUAAUAAAGGUGAGCGCAACCGAUCUGGACGAUGGUUUAAAUGGAGAAGUCAUUUACUCCCUUAGUAAUAAAUUAAUACGUAAAGUUUAUGAUGUAUUUGAUUUGGACGAAACAUCGGGUGAAAUUAGGGUAAAAGGCAAAAUAGACUUUGAAAACACCGAUGUGUACAGAUUAGAUGUUUUAGCCUCUGAUAAAGGCACACCUCCAAUGACUGUCGAUUGCAGGGUGAUUGUGAAAAUUUUAGAUGUGAAUGAUAACGCUCCUGAAAUAGAAAUUAUGUCACUUUUUGAUUCAGUGCCUGAAGACUCCAAGCCAGGAACCGUUAUUUCACUAAUUAGCAUUUUAGACAAAGACGCUGGUGUAAAUGGAAAGGUUUUAUGUACUUUGUCCCAGGACAUUCCUUUUGAAUUAAAACCAUCCGUAAAGGACAAUAUGUACUCUUUAAUCACAAAUUCGCGUUUAGAUAGAGAAAAGACCUCCGGUUAUGACAUAACAUUAACUGCAUCAGACUUGGGCCAGCCUCGUCAAACUGCACAGAGAACCCUAAGUGUGCAGGUGUCAGACGUGAAUGAUAAUAGUCCAGAGUUUUCUCAAAAUCCUAUUGAAAUAUAUCUAAUGGAAAAUAACACCCCCGGUGCCUCUAUUUUUUCCGUAACUGCAUCAGAUAGGGACCUUAAAGAAAAUGCAAUAAUCUUAUACAGCAUUCUUCGAGGAGAUGAUGCAAAGAACAACAUACCUGUAUUCCUAAGUAUAAAUUCUGAAACGGGAGUUAUUCACGCGCUAAAAAGUUUUGAUUAUGAAGUAGCCAAGACCUUUCAGUUCCUUGUGCUCGCUAGAGAUUCUGGAACUCCGUCACUAAGCAGCAACGUGACAGUGAAAGUGUUCAUUCUGGAUCAAAACGAUAACGUUCCAGUGAUUUUUCAUCCAGUCAGCGCUAACGGUUCUGCUGAAGGUGUGGAGGAGAUUCCCCGCAAUGUCAACGCAGGACAUUUAGUGACUAAAGUGAGAGCCUAUGACGCGGAUAUUGGAUACAACGGCUGGUUAUUAUUUUCACUGCAGGAAGUGAGUGACCACAGUCUCUUUGGGAUGGACCGCUAUACAGGACAGAUAAGGACCCUUCGCCCUUUCACAGAAACAGAUGAGGCUGAACACAAACUGAUCAUACUUGUCAAAGACAACGGAAACGUUUCGCUUUCAGCAACAGCGACUGUGAUUAUUAAACUUGUUGAGCCUAAAGAGACUUUUGCCGCAUCUGAUGUGCAAAGUACUGUAAAUCACGUAGAGGAAAAUAACAUUACAUUUUAUUUGACUAUUACCCUGGGCUCUGUUUCAGUGCUUUUUGUUUUCAGUAUAAUUGUGUUAAUAAUAAUGCAGUGCUCAAAAUCUACAGACUAUUCCUCCAAGUAUUUACCUGAGACAAAUUACGAUGGGACACUGUGUCACAGCAUCCAGUACAGAUCCGGAGAUAAACGCUACAUGUUAGUUGGACCAAGAACAAGUAUCGGUUCUACUAUAGUUCCAAGUAGCAAUGUGAAUACUCUAGUUGCACAAGAUCGUGGGAGAAUGUCUGUGGAGGUAAGACUUUAA